GAUAAACCAUUUGCUCCCGGAUGAUGAUGUCUUAUGUCUGUUGUGAACGGCCAGGCGACGUUUGUGAGAGAAUUAGAGCUUCGCUGCGGUGUUCUGCGCGUGCAUCAGCUCACCGUUGGUGACGUUGGCUGCGUGGUGUGGGAUGCUGCUCUCGUGUUGGCUGGCUAUGUGGAGAAACAAGAGACUACGUUACCAGAGUAUUGGAAAAAUAGGAGAGUUGUAGAGCUAGGUGCGGGAACGGGAAUUGUUGGUUUGGUGGCAGCCUGCUACGGGGCACACGUGACACUAACGGAUUUACCGGAAUUUGUGGAGCUGAUGAAUCUCAAUGUACUUGAAAAUUCGGCUUUGGUGACAGGCUCUGCACGAGCACAGUCAUUAACCUGGGGACAGGAUUGGGAUAAAGGUCUUGAUGGGUGCGAGGUCAUACUCAUGUCAGAUGUUGUCUACUACGAACAAUCAUUGGAGCCUCUUGUGAAGACUCUUGGUCAAUUGACUAGACCUGGGACUAAGAUUUUGAUGUCUUAUGAAGAGAGAACUAGUAGUGAAAAACAGAGAAUUAGAGACAAGUUUUUUGAGCUUAUGAUGAAGGAGUAUGUAUUUCGGCAAGCAGACAGUGAAGAGUUAGAUGAACAUUUUAGAAGCGAAGAUAUCAUUGUUAUAGAAUUUAGUUUAGGAAGAUGAAGACGUACGGUGGUUGCAUUACUGAUAGAGUUGGUGCUCUACUCAGUGAGCUACAUGCCGCAACCACGUCUGAUUUAAAUUCUUGUUUAGCUUUAGAUUCUUGCCUAGAUUUUUGGUUGCAACAUUUAUGGAAUACAUGUCACUUGUUUGCCUUGUAAUGCAUGACCGUUUUCGAUACAGUGUCAAUCUGUAUAGACUAUUUGUAUAUAAUAAUUAUUUUGU